AUGCUGAACAACAACAACGCAAACGCUCCUAAUGCUAAUAUCUUCGACUGGCUGGCUGAGUUGAAAAGCGAUCAAGCUACGCGGGUCUCCAUUCGCUGUUCGCAGUUCCAAAUGAUUCUUGUUGCUCCCCAGGUAUCAUCGAGAACAGCACAUACUGGUAGCGCGGUCAACAUCGGAAAACUGUUCCGAGACGAAUCUAUGUAG